UCAUUCAGUCUCUCAGAUUGUUUUACCACCGCUCAUACGAGACAGUUCUGCUCUAGGCACAAUCAGUCUAUUACUGAUAAUUGAACAGAUUGCAUCCAUCAGCAUAUAGUUCAGCAUUCAGAAGUCAAAUCAAAUACGCCAUUAGCCAUGGCAUUCGUUCCGCAGCUUAUGCUGCUGAUUUUUGCUUCCACGACUUCAGCAGUUUUGUCCCAUCCACAGCAUAGUGCACACAUUUUAAAGCAUGUCAAAUCGAAAACUGCCCUACAGGUCCAGGAACAGGCCGCAAUGGAAUUGAUCAGACGUCUUCUACCCGAACGAGAUAUCGAAUUUUCAGUGAAGAUUGAAGAUGGCAUGAGGCUGAAUUCAUUCAAGGUCCUAAAGGCAAAUGAAACCAGCCAAGUUAUGAUAUCCGGAUCCAGUGGAGUCGCCGCAGCUAAAGGAUUCUAUCACUAUUUAAAAUAUUUCUGUGGCUGUCACGUUUCGUGGGAUGGGGAUCAACUGAAUUUGCCGGAUGAGCUCCCGUUGGCCAAUUUUGAAAUGCAAGCUCCAAGCAGCGUCGUGUACUACCAGAACGUUUGCACCUGGUCGUACUCGUUCAGUUGGUGGACUUGGCAAGAAUGGCGUCGCCACAUAGACUGGAUGGCCAUGCAGGGCAUUACCAUGAGUUUGGCUCCAUUCCAGGAGGACCUUUGGGCCGAAGUCUACCGAGAGUACAACAUUUCCCAGCAUGACAUAGACGACCAUCUUUCGGGGCCGGGUUUCUUCGCCUGGCAGCGAAUGGGUAACAUUCGAGGCUGGGGAGGACCCCUGACCGCAAACUUCAUCAACUUCUCCCGUAAGCUGCAAACCCAGAUUGUUCAGGAAAUGCGUAAACUUGGCAUGGUGUUGGCAUUGCCAGCAUUCGCCGGUCAUCUGCCAGUUCAGUUUGCUCAAUUAUAUCCACAAGCGAAACUUACCCCUGUGGAAGUCUGGAAUGGGUUUCCUGACCAAUACUCUAGUCCAUUAUUUCUGGACCCCAUCGAUCCGUUGUUCAAUGAAAUAGGACAACGAUUCCUGUCCAAAGUAAUCCAGCGGUACGGUACUGAUCACAUCUACUUCAGUGACCCAUUCAACGAGAUCCAGCCACAAAGCUUUAGCGCGAAAUACCUAUCAAGCGCUUCAACCGGUAUUUACAAGGCGAUGUCCAGCGUCGAUCCAUUAGCUGUUUGGCUGCUCCAAGGAUGGAUGUUUGUCAAAAACCCUUACUGGAGUGAUGUGGCCAUUCGAGCCUUCUUAACGGCUGUGCCCAUAGGAAGAAUGCUUGUGCUAGACCUGCAGUCAGAACAGUUUCCGCAAUAUGAUCGAACUGAGUCCUACUAUGGGCAACCGUUCAUCUGGUGCAUGUUGAACAACUUUGGAGGCACGUUGGGAAUGCUUGGAUCCGUGGAUAAUGUAUUUCAAGGAAUUCGUGAUACCAGGGCGAAUGAUAGCACAACUAUGAUUGGAACAGGGAUCACCCCAGAAGGAAUCAACCAGAAUUACGGACUUUACGAGUUUGCCUUGGAGAUGGGCUGGUAUCAGGAUUUUGCCAGGGUUUCUGACUGGUUCGCAUGCUACGCUUCGUUCCGAUAUCGAACCAAGAGUGCCAGGGUCAUGAAUGCAUGGACCAUAUUCCGACUGACGGUUUAUUCAUUCAAUCGACUGGAAAUGAUGCGAGGAAAAUAUACUUUCAAUCGUAGACCAAAUCUUAAGCUUGAUCCAUGGAUUUGGUACAACGAAACCCUGUUCAACACUGGUGUUCAGAUGUUACUAGAAGAGGAUCUCAAUAGUGCUUUAUUUCGUAAUGAUGUAGUCGAUGUAACCCGCCAAUUUCUACAGAACACUGCAGAUCGUCUAUACCUCACGAUAGUGGAAGCCUACAAAGCCAGAGACGCAAACGCGGCAAGAUUAUAUUCGGACCAGUUCCUGGAACUCUUGGGUGAUAUUGAUCGCUUGCUUCGCACAGAUGGACACUUCCUGCUAGGAAAGUGGCUCGAGUCUGCCAAAGCUGUGGCCGAAACCAGCUUAGAGCGUCAAAAGUACGAAUCCAACGCUCGUUUUCAGAUAACUCUGUGGGGCCCACAGGGUCAAAUUGUAGACUACGCUAACAAGCAGUGGGCUGGCAUGGUACAGGACUUUUUCCUUCCGCGGUGGAAGCUAUUCCUGACUGAGAUGACAAAAGCAGUCGAGACAAAUGGGACCCUCAACGAGGGCAAGCUGAGGGAUAGGAUCUUCAAAGUGGUGGAACUGCCAUUCUGUACCAGCAAUAAACGGUACUCGACCGAACCGGAAGGCGACUCACUGGAUCUGGCACGGUCGCUUUUUAAAAUAUGGAGUCAUCAAGCUGAAGGGUUCAAGGAACUGCCGAUGAACCCAACCAAGGUGGCGAAAAAGCUAAAGCGGAAGAACCGAGUAUUUGGAUCUUGAUGAUUGAAAUCUCAUUGGAAAAAAGUUAUGAUUAAAGGAUGAAAUGAUUUUAUAGUUAUUUAAGCAA